GCCAGUAGCAAGUAAAUGCUGCAACCCCAGACGCAGCAAGGAUGGGAUGAAGGAAAUAUAAAGCCAUCGUCAAUGCACUCUGGGGAUUUCUAGCUUGCAACAAAGUCCCCAGAACUAUUUGAAACCCCACGCCACCGCCCGGAUGAAGUCUCCGAGUUUAUUUCGUGCUGCCUUCAAUCCAUUCGAGGCGCCCAACGACACGGCAGGAAACCUGCAGGGAACUGGAUUCCGACCCACAAUGAUGGAUUCAAGCUGGGCACACAUCAGCGACGGCUGGAACGCGGUAGAGCUGCUCUUUGAGAAGCACCACGUCUUUCUCGAAAUCUUCUGGAUCUCGAGCACGUACCUGCGUUUUCUAGUGCCAAGUUGGAGGAAGGUUUCGACGCCGACUCAUGCAAAGUACACAGCGCUGCCCUGGAUUCCUCUAAUGAUCCAUGUCAUCCUCGGAACCAUCGAGCUGGCCCGAUACUACUAUCCUCUUGCCGUCACCGGUGAACCUCCCGUGCCAAACCUGAUUGACUUUAUCCUUGGACUGGCCUUCUCGGCCGGAAGCUUCCAUCUGGCUGCGUAUGUCCGCGAGGGGAACAUCCCCUUCAUCAGAACCACAUUCCAGGCAACUGCUCUGCAGCGAGCGCUCGCCUCCACGUUGGGGUACGUGCAUGGUGACGCGCAGUGGCACCGAGCGUCCGUCAAACUGCUGAACAACUUCACCUGGGUCCGGUGGCUCCUCGCGUCCGGGAAGCAUUUCCAGGGAUUCCGAACGUACGGGGACACCUUCACGGCCAGCGUGGUCAUGGCUCACCCGCUUUCUUUGUGGGAGGGAGACUACCCCGUGGGGAUUCCUCUCUAUGCCUCCAUCGUGCUCACGUUGCUGGCCGUCGACAAGUGGGCAUCACGAAAACUAGACGGAAAGUGAGUUGCGCUAGAAGACCGGACAAUCCAAUACCGCCGUCCGAAAUUGUGGUUUUUGGGCUGACCUGAACGUCACAGACCAGGGUUCGUCCCCCGCGUUC